AUGACAUCAAACCAGUCGCCUUCUAAUGGUUUCGUUGGAUUACCGCCUCCUCCUCCUCCGCCGCCUGCACCACCUGUAUUUAACAACAAUAAUAACAAUACAAAUAACUUAUGUAAAAUUUUACUACCACAUCAAGAAGUUAAUCUUGUUGUUAACCGAGCAAAUGUGACUGAAAUUCAAGCACGCUCAGUUCCAGCGAUGCUUAUGGGUGGCAAUAACAUUUGGACGCGACGUGUUUUACCCAAUCUUCGAAUAAAACAAGCUGUAUUUGAUGAACAUUAUGGUGAAUCGAAAUCGACAAUGACAGGUCAUUAUCGACGAUCAAGUCUAACAACAACUUAUAUAGGAGGUGGAGGAGGAGGAGGAGGAGGACUAGGUGGUAUGAAUGAUGACGGACCACUUUCAUUUGUUUUACUUGAUGCUACAUCUAAAAUGCUUUAUGAUGUACCUAUGCGCCAUCUACUUCAAUUGGUCAAAAAGGAUCAUGAUGAUGAUGCUAGUAUUGAUCACGUUAUUCGAGCUAUUGAUGAAACACAUAUGAAAUCUGAAUGGCUCGAUGCUGUCACUGCUUUAAACAAACAAUUUGAUAAGCGACCAGAAGAUAAAGCACGUGUAUUAGCACACAAAGGUUCAACACAUGGUUUGGUACUUAUAGAACAAUUUUUUGUUAAACUUGUUCGUGUGCCAGCAUAUGAAUUUAAAUUGAUAUACCUGAAAUUUCGUGAAGAAGCACCCACACAACUUGAACGUAUGAGUAAACAUAUAAAUGAUCUACUUGAAAGUGUUCAAGUUAUUCUAAACAAUGAACAAUUGCCGGGUAUUCUUCAUUUACUUUGUUUACUUUACAAUAGUAUAACAGGCAAAACAAUACCUGGCCUUCAUUUUGAUUCACUUUUAUCAGUACUUUCAACACGUACACCUAAACAAAAUACAACUUUAGCACAUGUACUUUGUCAUUUACUGGAAGAACAAUAUCCGACAUUAUUGAAUAUAUUUGAUAAUCAAAUAUUAUUGAAGUUAAAAGAUUUAUCAGCAAUAAAAUAUAUACCAAUUUAUAUUGAUAUACGUUUACUAUUUACGCGUUAUAAACAAUUAAAUACUACACUAAGAGAAUUACAACAACAAUUAAUUAUUUUACCUGAACAUAUUAAAGUAACACUCAUUGAAUUACAAAGUGUAUUUACGAGGUUGUUUGAUGACGAAAAUAAAUUAAAAAAAUAUGAAAAAGAUUUAUCGAAUUAUUUUUGUCUGUGGGAUUUAUCCAUUGAAACUUGUUUUUCAACACUUGGACAAUUUAUUGAUAAACUUCGUCUUGCUCAUAUGCAAAAUGUUGAACAACAUCGUCGUAAUGAAUUAUUAUUGAAACAACAGCAACAACAACGUUCAUUUGAAAAUCGACUUCUUCCAACGCCAACAACAGCACGGUUAAUACGAAGUUCCCAAAACCAAUAUGGCUCAGAUACAAAUAUAUUUCGGGAUCAUCUUAAUGUUCCAUUAACACCAACGACUGCAAGACAACGAUUUAAAGUUAAUAAUACUUCACGUGAACGUUUCUGUGGAUCGUCACGUGAUAUUUCUUAUACAAAUGAUGAACACGAAGAACUCAUGGAACCAAUCACAACAACCACAACACUUCGCACACAAAAUUUAUUACCAAAUGCAAUACCUCGUAAACGUGGUCAUUCACCGGCAGCGAGAACUGUUUUUACCAAACGACCAUUUAAUGCUCUUCCUCUAUGUACACCAGCAACAACGGUAAUAGAAGAUCACCAGUCGGAUGAUGUUUUCAUUUCACCAACUUUCAAUCAUCAUCAACAAGACGAUGAUAAUGAUACGAAAAUGGAUUGUUGUUCAGCAGUAGCAACAUCAGCUACGAUAGCAACAACGGCGAUGACAGAAGAAAUCGAUUCUCUUAAUAGUACUAUUAACGAUGAUCAUCUAUUGCCAUCAAAUGAAUCUUCAACAGCUCGUGUUAUAUCUGUUUGUGAAAUUCAACCAUCAUUUUAUUUAACAACACCAAUACGACGUCUAUUUGAUCCAUCUAAUGAUCAAUCAACACCAAAUGAUUCAGUUGUAUCUAUUGACUAUAAAAAUACUGAUUCUAUAACGCCACCGUCAACAAAUCUUCAACAUAUGAAAUAUUCAAAUAAUAAUGAUAAUAACAAAGAGAAUUCUCAUUAUCUAUCAACAUUAACACCAAUGACAUCAUCGUCAUCAUCAUCAUCAUCUGAUGUACAAAAUACUACUGAGUUAUCAUCAAUACCAAAUCUCAUUGACGAUGAUAGUCAACAAUCUUCGAGUUCAUCAUUGCCUGCUGAUGCUUCAAAUGAUGAUCAUCGUUGUUUGCCCACAAUGCCAUCCUUAUCAUCCGAUUCGGAGACGUUAGAUGAAGGCUUUGAAACUCAAUCGAAUGUAAGUGAAACUGUUGAACCAACUCCACGGUCAUGUCCACUCGAGACAACUUCCAACGAAAUAAACGAAACUAAAUCUGAACCAAACGAUGAGACUCUUGCUGAUGAACUUACUCGACGUCUUACGUUCAGUUCAACUCGUCGAUUAAGUCACGAUAGUAAUAUUCGUAAUAAUAGUAGACGAACAUCAUUAUCUCAUGGUCGACCAACAAGUUUGUUGAAAACAUCAACAUCAGCUUAUAGUUACCCAACAUAUACUUCCAAUGGUCAACAAAAUCAACAGAGUAAAACAUCAAUUUCCAAACGAACACCAUCAGCUGAAAGUUUACGAUCAAUAUCGAAUAAUAAUAAUAAUAAUGCAGCUAAUGGAAUUCGUUCAAGUCGACAUAUACAACGUUGUGCUGUAUCGAGAAGAAUAUGGACUGAGAAAGAUGUUGACGAAGCAUCAAAAACUCUUACUACUUCUCCACCACCAUCAUUACCUCAGCCUUUUACAUUACAAAAUACAAUGGAACCUGAUGAAGUUUCUUCAUCUUCGACUCUUACUGCAGCCGCAACUACAGCAACAAGAACCACUACAACUACAUCAACUACAUCAACUGCAACAACCAUUACUAAUCAUCGUCUAGCAUCGGCUAAACCGAAAGCUAAAAUUCUUAAUAUUCAGUCUGUUGUAGACUCAUCAUUCCGUGCAUAUUCUCCCAUCAUUCGUAAAGUUUCUACUCGUCUUGGCCACGCAAGUUCAUGUCAAAAUGUUUCUACAACAACGAUGAAUAGUCCAAAAGCUACACAUUUAACAAAAACUCGUUCUCCACCGAAUUUUUUUCUAAAUAGUAAUCAACUUCUUCGUUCAUCAUUUACUCGACCAAAUGAAAAACCAUUACGUGCUUAUCAAAUGUCAAAUACAACCAAUAAUGAAUCUGCAUCAUUGAACCGACCAUCACCACGAACUCGUCGAUUAUUUAGCUCAAAUACUAGUCUCGAAUCAACAUCAAUAUCAUCGCCUAAAAAUCUCCGAAAACCACCAUCGUCUUGGCCUCAUCAAAAGCCUCUUGCAAAUAAUACGACAGUACCUACUGCUCUUCCAUCGACUAGUUUAAAUCCUAAACGUAAAACGUCAGCUAGCACGAUUGAUUUACGAAAAACAAAUCCAAUGAACAGUAGUGUUUUUCAGCGUUUAAAUCAUUCUAAACGAUUGUAA